AGUACGUAACCGUAACGUCAUCCUGAAACCUCUCUAUCUAUCGCUUUAUGAGUUUAUGUAAUUCGCUGCCCAUGCAUGUGAAUGUUACACAAGAUUGGAGAGCGCGCACCAGGAUUACGUAUCUUGACUGUAAAGCUGUUUGAGCAAUAUUUAUGUGUAAUUCGCCCUUUGAAAAUAGCUACAACCAUGUCUCAGAAGGGAAAACAGCUAAACAAAAAAAAUAAAGAGUCUGAGGUUUCAAAGUCUGACGUUGACCCAGACAAUAAGAAGUUGGAUCCCAAGGCAAAAUCAUCUAUUGUAGCUAAAAGCCCAGGAAAAAGGAAGCCCCAGGAAACCAGUAAGGGCAAAUCUAAAGUUCCUUCUGAGGCAAGUACUGAGGAAAUCUCAUAUGUUGAUGCUAAGAAAAGAAAGACACAAGAAAAAAAAGCUGAUGAUGGAGGUGUCUGUCUCUUAGAGACUUUAAAGAAGUCUCGUCUGGCUGCUGCUACCACUGUUUCUGAAUUUAAGUUUAACAAGAAGAGGGUGCGGUUGGUAUCUAGUGACGGAGAUCUGAAAGACGAUGCCUUGGGCAUAGUGUAUUGGAUGUCAAGAGAUCAGAGAGUUGAAGAUAACUGGGCCUUUCUAUAUGCUCAGCGCCUGGCUCUGAAGCAAAAGCUGCCAUUGCACGUUGUCUUCUGUCUAGUCCCUAAGUUCUUGGAUGCCACUAUUCGGCACUAUGGCUUCAUGCUGAAGGGCCUGAGAGAAGUUGCUGAGGACUGUAAGGAGCUGAACAUUCCCUUACAUUUACUUAUAGGAUACGCUAAAGACGUUCUCCCAAACUUUGUGACUGAGCAUAGCAUUGGCGGGGUGGUGACUGAUUUUGCUCCCCUACGUGUCCCCAUGCAGUGGGUGGCGGAUGUCUGUGAGCGUUUACCUAAGGAUGUACCACUCGUCCAGGUGGAUGCCCAUAAUAUUGUCCCCUGCUGGGUUGCCUCCAACAAACAGGAGUAUGGAGCAAGAACAAUCCGGAGAAAAAUUCAUGACCAACUCUCCUCGUUCCUUACCGAAUUCCCUCCCAUAAUUAAACAUCCCUACAGCUCCAAACUAAAAGCCGAGCCUAUAGAUUGGGAUCAGUGCUACGCCAGUCUGGAAGUGGAUCGGACAGUUCUAGAAGUAGAAUGGGCAAAACCAGGGUCAACGGCAGGAAUUAAUAUGCUCCAGACCUUUAUAUCGGGACAGCUUAAGUUUUUUAACGCAGACCGGAACAACCCAAACCAGCGGGCGCUCAGCAACCUCUCCCCAUGGUUUCACUUUGGUCAGCUCUCAGUACAGCGAGCAAUUCUGGAGGUGCAGAAGUAUCGCACCAAGUUCAAGGAAUCUGUGGACAGCUUUGUGGAAGAAGCUGUAGUAAGACGAGAGCUGGCUGACAACUUCUGUUACUACAACAAAAACUAUGACAAAGUAGAAGGUGCUUACGACUGGGCCAAGAAUACUCUGAAAGAUCACGCAAAGGACAAGAGGACUCACUAUUACACUCUAAAGGAACUGGAAAGUGGGAAGACGCACGAUCCCCUGUGGAACGCAGCCCAGUUGCAGAUGGUCCAUGAGGGAAAGAUGCAUGGCUUCCUGCGAAUGUACUGGGCUAAGAAGAUACUGGAGUGGACCAGCUCACCAGAAGAGGCCCUGCAUUUCGCCAUUUAUCUCAACGAUCGCUUUGAGCUGGAUGGACGGGACCCCAAUGGAUAUGUAGGCUGCAUGUGGUCUAUAUGUGGAAUCCAUGACCAGGGAUGGGCAGAGAGGGCUGUUUUUGGAAAAAUCAGAUUCAUGAACUACCAGGGAUGCAAGAGGAAAUUUGAUGUGGCACAGUUUGAACGGCGUUACCAUCCCAAAAACUUCACUUAAUGCCAACUUCUUAUUGGUGGAAUGAUGGGUGAAUGUUCUGCUCAUACUCAGGACACAUUGGAAGAGGACUGCACUUACAUGUAGCUUUUUAUUCUAUGACCUGCCGUGCUUUAUAAGUGUUGGAUCUUUGAAGAUCUUAGCCCUAUAUUCAUAUAAGUUAUCUAAUUAAUUAAUUCUUAGGUAGGGUUAUAUUUAUUAAAGUGCAGGUUUCUAGAAGUGGAGAUAUUGUCCAUAGCAACCAAUCAGAUUCUACUUAUUAUUUAUCUAGCACCUUCUAGAAGAUAAUAGCUAGAAUCUGAUUGAUUGCUAUGGGCAACAUCUCCACUUCUUAAAAUCCGCACUUUAGUAAAUAUACCAAUUAUUCUUUAGUUCUCCUCUUGGUCUUUCAUUAAAUAUACAAAGUACUUACAUUUGCUGCCAAUGUGUACUUCAACUUCCGCUUUUCCUUCGGAAUUGGAAACAUCAAAUUAUGAUUGUAACAUCAAAAAUGUACAGAUGCACUUUGUAUUAUUGAUUUAUAACAGGACCCCCUCCAUCCAGACACAUUAUUGCCAUUGGUAGUUAUGAAUAGAGCUACCUCUGGGCUUUAGCCUUAUAGGUGAACGCCUAGGGCGUCAUUGCUUCAGAAGGUCACCCAACAGGCACAGCUUCCCAGCCCCCAUGUUAUUGGGGAACAAGUUUAAAUGCCCUAGGACUAAAUUGGUCACUUUAGCACACUGACUGUUACAUUGUAGAUUUCAAACCUGUUCUGUUUUCUUUCUUAUAUUUGUAUCCACUGGGACUAUGUAUGCUUUUGUACAAAUGUUUUUCAUAAAAUACAAACUGGUAA